AUGAAGACAACAAAACACAAUAUAAUAGCAGAGGAAAGACAGGGAAAGGCAGGCAAUGAAAGGCGCGAAGUGUCACAAGUGAGGGAUUCUAGACAAUCAGUUGUGGGAGUUCCUCAUCGAUAACCGUUCGCUUUGAAGACCAAUUCAUUAUUCGGACGAAUAGUGGAGAGAAUAGCGGAUCUGUUGGAACCGAUGGGCAACGGAUCUCUAGUAAUAAUGCCGUUCACGCCAUCAGCCUAUCGACAAGACAUCCAUAGUAUGACGACAUACUGUUUGGGCCGCAAUAGCAUCGGCACAAUGAUUAGUGCACCGCAAAGAGUGAGGGCCGUUCUCAGGUGUCAUAUCCCUGAAUAUAUUAAGCCUUAUGUUUCUGUCGUGGCGUGGAUUAAAAACUCUGUCCAUCAAAUAGUUGGCACCGACGACAAAUAUAGUGUCUUUCCCAGCGGUGAACUCCAUAUAAGGGACUCAAACCAAUCGGACGACCACUCAUUUACUGGAUACCGGUGUCAGGUUAAGAAUGUGGUCAACAACGAAACAAAGCUCAGCACUCAGGGCACUAUUAUAAUAUCAGAUUGUCGUUCGGUUGUAGUUGUAAAGGAAGGCACCGAUAUGUUGGAGCUGCCCUGUGCUGCACAGGCUAUGCCGCCGCCGACAUACAGUUGGCAUCGAGUGACUCGAAUGGAUGGAGUGAGACAUCCAAUAGUGGGUCACCAACGCUAUGAAUACCGAAGAGGAUCUCUAAUUAUAAGAGAUGUUCGCUCGACAGACGCUAAUAAAUACGUUUGUGUCGCCACUAAUAGCAUCGGUGAAGCGAAAUGUGAGACCGAAGUGAUCACAUUUGCACCGUUGGUGGUGUCGGUGGAGCCCAAGAAGUUGGUGGUCGAAGCGAACCAAAGAGCACUAAUCAAUUGCUCGCUUUACGGAUAUCCCCUCAACAAAGUGAUAUGGAUUCACAACGGACACACCAUUUCCCCCGAACACCGUUCAUAUAAUGUUCAGUCCUUUUCAGACCAAUCAAUUCUUGUCAUCAAUUCUGUGACAAACAGUGAUCAGGGCGUUUGGCAGUGUUUGGCAUUAAAUUCUGGCGGAGACUCGGCUAUAGAUAGCACUCAAUUAAUUCUUGAUGGUCUUCGGCCCAAUUUUAUUGAACUGUUUGGCGAUCAAAAUGUUGGAUUAGACGAUAGAAUAUCACUCAAGUGUGUCGGCACAGGCCAUCCAAUCCCAAUGAUUACAUGGUUUCUCGAUGGCUCUGAACUCGACAUUAGAAAACAAGAGGCACACACUCUCCACAAAGCACUGUGGGACGAAUACGUUGUCGACAGGAAUACAAUCGUUAGUUAUUUGAAUAUAACUGUUUCGUCCGUUUUUGACGGCGGACUCUAUGAGUGUGUCCUCACAAAUAAAGCCGGAAAUAAUCGACACUCGGCUCACAUCAGAGUCAAAGGGCCCACAAAUAUCAGACAAAUGCACACCAAAAACUUCACUGCAAUGAAUGACAUCACACUUAACUGUCCGGUGGUCGGCGAUAAGCCCAAGAUUAUUGAAUGGCAUAAAGACGACAAAAAAUUGCCACUUAAUCACCGGCACCGACUCCAAGCCAACGGAACACUUGAUAUAAUGCAUUUGGACAAAAGUGACUCCGGCAUUUAUACGUGUAUAGCGUUUGGAGAUAACAACUUGGAUGCUGUGAAGCAAUCGUUUCUAAUGCGAGUGAAAGUGCCGCCCGUCAUCGAAGGCUUUAGUUUUGAUAAUAAAUUGCAGUCAGGAAUGAGGACAAGAAUUUACUGCAACGUUGCACAGGGAGAUCCACCCGUUAGCAUACAGUUCCUCAAAGAUGAUAAACAAAUAAGCAGUGAUCGCGAUACAGGCAUCACUGUUCAAGAAGUCGACCCCUUCUCCCUGUCACUCGCCAUCGCAAACCUCUCAGCCAUACAUAAUGGCAAUUAUAGUUGCAUUGCAUCUAAUGAGGCCUCGACUGUCAGCUAUAGUUCCCAACUUAUAGUGAACGUGCCUCCGAAGUGGAUAAUUGAACCGAAAAAUACGGACGCAGUCGAAGGAAAUAGUGUGAGAAUAGACUGCUCUGCUGAUGGCUUUCCCAUUGUUCAGAUUACAUGGAAACGACUCCAACACUCCUUUAAUAGUGAGUCCAAUACAAAGGGAGUCCAUCAACAGUAUCUCCUGAUAAGAAGUGGCCCUAAAUAUCAAGUUUUCCAAAAUGGAUCCCUUAAUGUCGGCACAAGUAAACCAUCGAAAGAAAUUAAAUUUAUGACUGAAGAAGAAUCGCCAUCAGGUCCGCCAACUCGGGUCCAGUUGACGACAAUCGACGCCAAUAGUAUUAAAGUCGACUGGUUUUCACCACCUUUUCAUCAAAUCAAUGGCGAACUGAAAGGAUUUUAUAUCGGAUAUAAAGCGCUCAAUACUAACGACCCGUUUAUCUAUAAGACCGUACAAACAAAGCCGAACCUGGAUUUGGGCUCUGCUUUCUCAUUGAUAUUACAGGGGCUCAGGCCUUACACACACUACUCAGUUAUAGUUCAGGCGUACAAUAACGUGGGCGCCGGUCCCCGAUCUGACGAGAUGACUGUCCGCACGGGAGAGAGCAUACCGUCGAGUGCUCCGACGGGUGUCAGUUGUGUGUCAUUCUCAUCGCAAAGCAUAACCAUCUCGUGGAACAGUCUAUCGGAAGACAGCAUUAAUGGUGUCUUAAAGGGAUAUCGAGUUUAUUACAGACCCACUGAUAAUAAAGAUGUGAUGAAAAAUGAAGUAACGGCUCAACAAAACAAACUAACACUCUAUGGACUCCAGAAGAAUGCCAACUAUUCGAUGGCUGUGAACGCGUUCAAUCAGAUGGGAAACUCUGCGUCGACCAGUAUUUUCUGCAAAACACAGGAAGACCUGCCCUCACAACCCGAUGCCAUCAAAGCAUUUCAAUCGAGUCCUGAUUCGGUGAUUGUCAGCUGGAAAGCACCCAAACAAGCGAAUGGAGUGAUCAGAAAAUACUCAAUUUAUAGGAAAAGUACAAAUGAAGAGGAAGUGACCAGUUUUACAGUGCCUUCACAUCUUUAUUAUCAACUGUUCCACGAGAUGGUUAUGCUUUGCGAUGAGAAUGACACACAACUGACUCGAGGUCAUAAAUAUGCCUUUUGGGUGACCGCAUGGACUGCUGUCGGUGAAGGACUCAACUCUAAUAUCGUUAACUUUCUGCGCGAAUCGUCUCAUUCGGUGAUCAAAUUGAAGAGACUGUCGGACAAAAUGUGGAACUCCUCUGCAAAUCAGUUGGAAUUCCUGAACCAAAUACCGAAUGGAAAAUCAACGGACGAUCUCUUGAUUUGGAUGGAAUCGGAUUCCAACUCUAAUUAUCCUUUGUCUCCAAUUGUGGAAGUGCUGAAUGUGACGAGCAGUUCCAUUAUGAUUAAAUGGACAUUAAGAGGCAAUGAAUUGGCGCCCAUUAGAGCACAUGAAGUAUACUUCAGAAGCAGUCAAAACAAGGAGUGGAAGUAUUAUAUAAUUACAGACGAAGGACUCGAUAAGAAUAAGACGUUUUCAAUCGAGCACUUGUUGUGCGGAAAUCUCUAUCAAAUAUAUGUGGUUAAUGUCAACACUUUUGGCAAAAGUAGUCCUUCAGAUGUACUCAAUGUACGGACACUCGGAAGGGAACCCAUUUCACCGCCUUUUAAGUCAUUCAUAACUAGACUUAACUCGACUUCAAUUAAGCUAAACCUCAACACAUGGAAAGACGGCGGCUGUCCCUUCACUUCCCACCCAAUCAUUCAAUGGAAACCCAUUGAAUCAAAUCAAUGGAAUCUAUUGUUUGUAAAUUCUGUGUUAGAAACCGCUGUUAUUAACGAAUUUAAAUCAAACAGAAACUAUAAAAUCAAAGUAAUUACGAAGAAUAGCGCCGGGACUACAGCCGUUGAAUACGAUAUCGAGCCCUACGGCUCAGCCAAUAAUGUCUACCAUAUUUCAGGUCACUCUCCGGUCCAGAUAGCGGUCGAACACUUCGACAAUAAAAGUGGUAAUGAAGACAAUGAAGUGAUUCCAGUGCUGUUCACAGUUGUCAUAUCAGUCAUCCUAUUAUUAGCGGGACUUUUGGCGAUCUUUAUAUUAUACAAAGCAAUGCAAAAGAGAUUCAAUCAAAACCCAUGUGAAGAACGGACUCCAAAUACAGACAAUAUAUUCAGAAAAGUAGCGCUCAUUCAUAGCAAUAAAAAUGGUAAACGAGUGUCAGAACAGAUGGAUGUGACCACCGCUGAACUCACGAGUCUUACCUCUACUGAAGAUCAUAUGCGACUCAAAGCUUACAGUAAAAGCACAGAAUCGAUGACCACUUCAUUUCAGUGCAAAGAAGACACUACUUAUAAAUACGUAUCGAUACCUAAACAGGAGAUCCCAUCCGAUUACUAUUCAAUUGUUCACAAGAAUAGGAAAUGUAAGACAAAUGCAAAACAGACGCUCAUAAUAGACGUGAAACAGAGAUCACCGGAAGAAUCGCCGAAUCGGUAUAGCCUUCCGAACACAAUGUUUGACAACGAGAAACAAACGGAAGUCGACUCUCAUCCCAACGAUUGUUGCGGUUAUUUAGUCGACAAUCAAAAGCCAGUCGAUUGUGUCUGUUGUGCCCUCUUUGACGCCGACUGUUGUAAUAGUGGACACAAUUGGCAACCGGUUUGUCAGUUCGACCCCAACUCCGCACAAAUGCCGUCGCCUUACAAGAGCCGCCUUUUGGAUAGACUCCGCGUGUAUUGCGAGGACAGUCACGGGUGA